GGCUUGGUCCUUGCCUUGCUUGCUCCUUGCUCGUAUAAUCGCGAAAGCCGACCUUAUUGCGACGUCGAUUCGGUCAAUGAUUGUGUGAAUAACAACGGCUGAGUAGCCAAAAACAAAUCUUCCAACAUCUAAAAGUUGCGAAGACUUUUUCAAACUUUUACCAUCAUGGAGAAUUCCUACGGGAUUGGCGUAGCCAAUAGGUACGCACUUUUCCUGGACGAUGAAUCCGAUCCACUGGAAACUCUGUUUCAAAAGGAGCAGGAGAAAGAGUUGAAGAAAAAGACCAAAGUUGCCGAAAAGGAAAACAAGGGGAAAGUUGAACCACCUAAAGGCAAGCCGGCUCCUAUUAUUCAGAAAAAGCCUGUUAAGGAUACGCCAAUUAUUAAAAACCAGGACAACAAACGCGAUGAAAACAAACCAAGUCAGAGGGCCAAUGCCAAUGGAAAACCAGAACGUAGCAUCAACAAAUUUAGCAAUAAUGAAAACCGCGAAGAACGAAAUAACCGAAGAAAUCGCGAGGACCGACCCUAUACUGGACCUUCAGAAAAUCGUGACCGCGAAAAUAGGCCCAGACGUGAUAAUGCUGAUUUGGAAAACCGCCGUGAACGUGUUGAACGAGGUGACCGUGGAGAACGAGCUGACCGUGGAGAACGAGGUGAUCGUGGAGAUCGGGGUGACCGUGGUGAACGUGGUGAACGCAGGGAAGGCCGAUCAAUUGGAAACCGACCAGGCGGACUACGUGGACCCAGGAAAACUUUUGACGAUAGGCGCGGAAAAAGGGAAUUCGAUAGACAAUCUGGAUCUGACAAAACCCAUGGUUACAGAGGAGUUAAACCAAUAGAAAAACGAGAUGGUGCUGGCGCUCAUAAUUGGGGAUCCACAAAAGACAUGAUUGACGCUGAAGCUGAUAGGCCCAGUGACGCUGAUCAAAGCUGGGGAGAUUCUGAGAAAGUAGAAGUUGUAAGCGACAUUGAGAAAAAGGAUGAACCUGAAACCGAACAAACCUCCCCAAUUGAAGAGGAACCUAAGGAACUGACUCUGGACGAAUGGAAGGCACAGCGCGCUGGCCGUGCCAAGCCUACAUACAAUAUUCGUAAGGCUGGCGAAGGUGAAGAUCCGUCUCAAUGGAAAAAGAUGUUCGAGCUAAAAAAAAAAGAAAAAGAAGAGGAAUCUGAGGAGGAAGAAUAUGACGUUUCCGAAUACCCACAAAGAGUUGGCCGCCAAAAACACGUUUUAGAUAUUGACAUUCAAUUUAAUGACAGCCGGCGUUCUGGUGGUGGUCGAGGACGGGGUGGUGGUAGAGGAGCAAGGGGUGGCGGUCGUGGUGGCGCUCCACGUGGUCCUCCUCGUGAAAGAGAUGGGCGUGAAGGUGGAGGAGAUCGUGGUGGCGAACGUGGAGGAGAACGUGGCGGAGAGCGUGGCGGGGAACGUGGCGGAGAUCGCGGUGGAGAACGCGCUGAACGUCCUGAACGUGAACGUCCAGAACGUGGAGAACGCGAAAGGAGAUUCCGUGAUGAACUGGCUGACGAGAAAACUAACCCGAGGGCUCCUAAGGUAGACGAUGAACGCGAUUUCCCUUCACUGGGUUAGACAACACGCGGAGAAGUUGGCUUGUUGAUGGAUCUCCAUACAUCAAACACCAUUGAAAACAUAAGUGUAUAUUGAAAAAAUCUUCGUUAUAAAGUGUCGGUAUGGAGUUAAGGGUUUACCAACGAUUUUCUUCAAUUAUUUCAACAGAUUUGUCUAUCAAUUUCUUGCGUAUCUUCGAAUAAAGUUAAGCAUAUUUCUUGCUUAAAUCUUUAGUAAAACUUGUUAGAAUAUUUAAAUUUAAAUAGAACGUCCAGUGAAAUAAUUGGAAAAAAUAUCAACAAAUUUUGUAUCCAAGUUAUGAGUUUUUUUUUCUGAAUGUUAUUAUUUUUUUUUUUUUUUUUCAUAUUUUGCACGUUUUUCAAUUAUAUUAUCAGUGCAGACUGUGUGCAAAAAAAUAUCAACAAAUUGUGAAUCCCAAUCCUGAAAUUUUACGAUGUCGGGACGGAAAGUUAGUUUUUAGCUUUUUUUUUAAAGUGUUAAUUUUUUUAUAAAUUUCCAGUGUAUACUGUGUCUUCUAGUACAUGAUGGUUACUAGUCAGUUUUACGCUGCAUUGUUGACAGUUUGAUCCGGUCGAGUAAUUAAUUAUUGAAUGUGGCAUAUUUAAUAGAAGAUAAUAUUUAUAGUUUAAAUAAUGUAAUAGGCCUAUUUUAAACCUGCUGAAAAUCGUUCACGAAUGGUAAUAUGUUUGCUCAUUAUUGCACUGAGGGAAUGACUAUCGACCAGUUUUUAGCAGGAAUAGAACAGACCAAAUAACCAAAAAACAAUCCCAUCAUAGUAAGAUUUUUAAAACUGGAAAAUAAUUUGCAUCUAAGUUAAAUUUAUGGCAUACAUGUGAAUUUAUUAGCGGCAUAUCAGACAAUAAUUGAAAACGAACUUAUAAUUUUCUUGUUUCAACUGGGAUUUGAAUGUAGAAUCUGAUAGCUCUAUACUUGGUUCUUAGUUAUCGCUGACAAUGUCAAUAUUCACAUAGAUCCUUAGACUAUAUUGUCGACUGGUAUAAUAAUAUCACCUUGUAUAUCAAAAACCUAAUUGACAUAAUACGGUUGAUCAUCAGUCAGCAAUUUAGGUAGGUUACUCAAACAAAAUGUCUAUACUAAAUGGAUAUAAUAGUCCAAACCAACCAUUACAUCAGUACCUGUUUGGGUUAGGUAGCGCUGUUACUAACAUUACAGGAAUUCACCUCCUGCAGGUCAUUACAACCCCUGCAGUUACCACCAGCACUAGAUAAAGAUGCCACAUGAUUUAUAUGGAGAGAGUGGAUACAAUCAAUACAGGCUGGGCUUUACUAGUAGCUUCUGGAUCGGUAAUGACCUACAGGAGUGAAACCGCUAAGGUUCCUGGGAUUUGGAAUAACCAAUGAACUAUAGCUAAAAACUGGAAUGUGCACACAUUGCCAUAUCUGCCAAAAAAAUGAAGCCAUGAAAGACAGAUGCCACAAGGGGGAAUGUUGUUUUUUUCUGUUGCUUGCUGACAUAUGACGUUUUCGAAAGUUUUGUCAUAUUUCCCUUCACAGGUUUCAUCAAUUGGAAUACGUGUUGGAAGCAAUUUUCGCCAUUUAACAUAAUGAGUGCGACAAAAACAGGUAUCCCCUCCGCAGCAGCCGCACUAGGCUUCACGUUCAUCCUUAUGUGUUAGCAUUCUAGUUUUUGGUUAUAGUUCAUUGGGAAUAACUGAAGAUUUGUGUAUAUAUUUAAUGGAGAUUGGAGUUCUUAGGUGAUCAGACUUUAAUUAAAUUAGGUCUGUUCCAACCUGUCAAAACAAAGCCUAAACAUCAUAGUCCCCGUCACAUAAUCCCUAUUGUUUACAUUUAUGAAAAAGAUGACAAAAAAAUUGAUGAAUGCAGUCAAAAAAAGCAGGCCAGGAUCAAAUACGUUUGGUUUUUGCAUUUCUAAACAUAAUCUUUUAUUUUUACAGAAUUUUGAUGUAAAUUGAUUUUAUUCAAAUAAAAAUACAUUUUUUUAAAUUUUACUAGCACAGCUGAAACGUUAGGCCCUAACUCCGAUAUUAAAGAAUCGGCAGUGAGGAUAGAAUUUUAGUACAGUUUAUUUGAAAUCAAAUAUCUAUGUAUAUUCUGGGAAAUUGGUUUGUUCUAGUUUUUCGUGGAACUUUGAAAGGUUUGAAAAUUGAUGCAAGCUAAUUUAAAUAUGCCGUUUAAAACAUUUUUAAACAAUAAUUAUUUUGAAUAAAUAACCUUUGCUCCUGAACUAAAUACUGGCAGUAUCUUGAGCAGUCGCAAAAAAAUUAGAAAAAAUAUUAGUUUUUAUUUGAAUAUGAAUUAUAAACGGAGGCUACUAAUAUAGAUUUGGAUUAGUUAGCGGCAUAUCAGACAAUAUACUUGAAAUGUAUAUAUUAAAUGACAGCUGAUUUGGACAGUUUACUAAAUUGUUUCUACAUAGUUCAUGCUCAUAUUUUGGUAGGGGCAGACUUCCAAAGACUUUUUGGAUUAUGCUGUUCAAUAAUUUAUUAAAAUCUCUGAUUUCUUUUUUGAAUUCUGGACGGACUGAGGGAAAUACUCAUAAAUCAAAAGUAAAUGUUGGUUUUCACUUGAUUUUUGGUGAGAAUCAAACCCUGGCAUGGUUUCCAAGUUUCUGGUGGCUUUCAUUGUUAAGUGAAAAUCAAAGUUUUAUAGUAACAUCAAUGCGCACAAAACCACUUAUAAAUAGGGUCAGACUCAGAAAAUUAUUUUAUUAUCGGAAUGAAAUAACACGAAAGCGUGUCAGAUCGAUUCCGAUUUGGGGGACUUGGAGGCAAGAGCUUUGAAUAGAUUAAUCUGAAUUUCUUUUCCUGCCCUUUAAGCCUUGUUCCAAGUAUAUUUUUAAAAGUUUCGGUGAUGCAGCAUCUCUGUUUAAGUUCUCUAGUUGCUGUAAAGUCCUUGCUUAUUAUGCUACCCUUUUCAAUAUUGGUUUUUGCGUCACUAUAGAGCGUUUUAACUGCCUCUAUUAGGGCAAUGAUUGGGUUUUGAGAAGAAACGAAUUACAUGGAUUGGAUUUAUGCUCUAAGUUUAUUUUAGGAGCUUCCUCUGGUCCACAGGCAUUCUACUUUUACCACUUAUCGCGAAAUGAACUAAUUUUCAACAAAAUUUCGACUGGAGGUCAAUUUUUUGUGUUAAACACAUUUUGUUUGAAAAUUGUCUGCCAGUUGUCUGACAUGCUUUCAAUUAAUUCACACUUAUAAUUAUUUUUAUAUGUAUUUCUUUUAUUUACUGCUCUUGAGAAAUUUACGCACUACAUUGUACGGACGAUAAAUAAAAUGUUCUGUAUUAUAUUUCCUUAUACGUAUUUACUUUAUGUUUUCUUUUUUUUUGAUAAGCAAAAAAACUUCUUUCUGAUGAAUAAGCCAUCAAAAGUUUUGACACAUCAUCACGGCGUUCCAGAAGCUUUAACGUAGUUAAGCCUUAUCACAACGGGUUGCAAAUUCAUCAAAAAGGGAUUUUUGGUUAUCUGUCUGUAACCCUCAAACCACCUUUCAGGAAUGGAUUCUAUUGGGGACAAUCACUGCUGCUGUUUCCUUGAGAUUUUCUUAUUUUUUUUUUUAUCUUAGAGUUUGUUUUUGUAGAAAUUACAAACCAGGCCAGUGUCGUGAGUUUUACAUAGGUGAAUACAAAUUAUAUGAAUUCUUUACAGUUUUACUAUUAUGCUCAAAAACAAAAUUAAUAAAAUAUUCCUAAUUUUAAUUUAUUGCUUUGUGUGCACACUGUCGUUGCAAUGAGCUUCAUGGAAUCAUCUGAAAUUGCAAUUUGGCAUUUUAUUCAUGCUGGGUACCUAUUAUGUUUUUGUUAGGGUAAUCUGAUGACUGGUGGCAGGUUGUGCUAAUCGGUUUGUGUAUAGUAUUGGCUUGCAAUUAUUUUUAAUCAAUCAACUGGCCUGUGUUUUUUCACAGAAAUAAAACUAUAAUUCUUCCACAUUCUUGAAAAUUGAGUAAUAAUUAAGUCGGUAGACUGGACAUUUUCAAACUGUGGCAUAAUUAUCGCAUGUACAUUUAAGGCUAUAAUGUCUCGCAUUUCACAAUAUUACUUGUUGAUCGUUCUCAUCAAACAAUUUGUAUAAUUUUUAAUAAAAAUUGUAAAAUUGAUCAUUU